AUGGACCCCAAUGCUGGCUAUCCCACCGGCUUUCCCGUCCCGACUCAGAGCCCAAGCCAGAUGUCCUUUUACCCCAACUCGAUCCCCCAGUACCCCCAGUCCAAGACACCGUCCCAGCCUGCACAGCAUUCCUUUGGUGCUAUGCCAUUACAGCCAGGCCCUGGUGGAGCCAUGAUGCCCUCAGGGUUUGCCCAACAGUCCUCGGCGCCCCUGGAGAACUUCUCAGCGCCAUACACGCAACCUCCCGUCCCUACAACCGUGGGCCAGUUCCCACCGCCACAGGGAACCGCUGCCAAUGUGCCAUCCACAGUAGCGCAGACUUUCUCCCAAAACAUGGCCGCACUCUCCGCCAACACCCUUCUCCCCAACCAGCAAAAGCCUGUUCAGCAAGUGAACUCGCCCCAGAGUGGCGCACAGUCCGCCGCUCCUAGCCCGGCUCAGGCCCAAGUUCAAGCCCAAACCACCGCACGAGAGAAGGCUCGCGUUACAACUCUACUCGACAUCAACUCGGCAUUAUUACAGGAGGUUGUUAACCUUCAAGCAGCCGGUAAGGCUGGCGCUGCCUCCAACCCAGAAGCAAACCCAUCGCCUACUUCAGAGCAAGCCGCGGACGCAUCAAAGAGCAAUGGUCAGAAACCGAGCCCCGAAUAUAUUGAGUGCAUGCGACGACUGCAAGCCAACCUGGCUUACCUCGCCCACAUCGCCGACCGUGCGAAGAAAUCUGGCAGUGUUGCCCCGCAAGCUCCGGCCAUCAUGACACCACCUCCGAACCUGCCCGCCGUGACCGAGCUGUAUGGCAGGCUGAAUGAGCUCUUCCCGCGAUCAGGCAAGGGCCCCACACCCCAAAGGCUCAGUCCACAGGCUCUGCAAGGCAAUGGGGGGCCCAGCCCAUCACCGAUGGCCGAGCCUGUUGUCUGA